AUGUUCAAAUUCGGGCUGCGAUUUGUCGCCGACCUUCUCUGGAACCGUGUCGUCGAGAUACGCACCAUCUUCCUGCCAAAGGCGGCCGUCGCCAAGUUGCUGCAGCAGGCCCAGGAAGACCUCUCCAGCGAGUUCGUCAGUGAAGGCGACGUUUUAACGGCGUGGGCGACGCGCGCUGUGGCCUCUUCCAUGCCACCCCGUCCCAUAACCGCCCUACACCCGCUCAACCUUCGAUUCCGUCUCCCAUCCCUCAUCCAAGCUCCCGGCGUCUUCGUGCAGAACAUGGCCGUCUCAGCCUUCUCGCUCUUCACGCCUGAACUCCUUCGAGGACCCCUCGGACCCAUUGCGCUCGAGAAUCGGCGCCAACUGAUGGAGCAGGCGACGGAGCCUCAAUUGCUCGCCUUGUUACGCGAGAUGAGUCAGAGCUACACGCCGGGCGGCGAUACAACCAUUCUCUGCGGCGAGUCCCAUGCCCUCCUAAUGCCGUUUACGAAUUGGACCAGAGCAAACGUCUAUCAGGCGGCCGACUUCAGCGCUGCAGUCGUACGCACCGGCGAGGGAGACUCGAGGAACAAUCCGUCCGGCACCAUGGUAUAUCAACAUGCCAACUCGAUGCGAGGGAGCCCGACGAUGCGAAAUGUUGUUAUGAUACACGGCAAGGACCACGGCGACAACUACUGGCUGACCGCGCUUCUGCUCCCGGGCGCUUGGGCGAAGAUUGAGGAGGAGAUUAAGAAGUUGUAG